UUCGUACUCGGUUGGCUCUUGUUAUAUGGGUCCCAACUAAUCUAAGCGCCAAAACAUCCACAAGCGCAAACGGACUUCACUGAAGCCACUCCUGAUCUCAAUCUUCUUUGAAUCAAAACCCUAAACAACAACAGAUGAAGUCAGAUUCUUUAGAUUACUAACAAUGUCUAAUCAAUGUUCUAAUAUAUUUAAUUAUCGAUCUUUCAAUCUCUUUCCCUCUUUCAACAAACCUCUAAAACCCUACGCUACCACUCUCCGCCCUGUUUUUCCAUUUCAUGGCAAUCUCAUACUAAUCGAUAGGAGAUUAGGAAACAGAAAGUUAUCACUUCAUCCGCCUAUAGUCGCUCAAUCUUCAUCGGAUGUAGUUCUCGUUGCAACCACAGAACAUCAUGAUGGCAGUUUAAUAUUCCAGUUUGGCGAUGCUUCUGAGGUAGUGAAAAAUGAUGAAGUGGAAGAAAUAGAGAGAAAAGCUGAAGUGGAAAGUAAUGAUGUGAACGUAUUAGAUGGAGAUCAGGAUAGACAGAUAGUUGAAAAGACAACUGAAGGAGAAUCUGUAAGUGAUGUUGACAGACUUACUGAGGUUGCUAAUGAGAUUACAAAUGUAGACAUUGACAGUGACAUUGCUGAAAGGGAAACUAAUGUCACUAGUGAUUUGAGAGAUACUCAUGCAGAAUUGAUCGAAAGAGUGUCAUAUAUAUCUGAGGAAGAAGUUAUUUCAUUGCAAUUUGAUGCUAAAAUGAACGAAUCUCUUAAAGAUGUAGAGAGCACGCUUGAUACAACAGAAUGCACUGCUCAACCUGAUGAUGAAACUGAGGUUCAAUUAGUUUCUGUUAAGCCUGAAAGUAUACAAGCUUCAGAUGUUGAAGUCAUGGAUGUUAAACAACCAUAUGCUGAGGAUGAGUUGGACAAGGUGGAAACUGAAGAUGCUAGCGAGAGUGAUACAGAAGAUAUAAUCCCUCCUGCAACUAUACAUAUUACAGACGUUGAACUGAUGGGUGCUGCAAAUGAGGAUGUCAAUGAAGAGUUACAAGAUAUGAACAUCAAUGGGAUUACUCUCGUAGAUGAGAUGCCAGCAUCUGAUUCAUUAGGAGCUGAACCUUUAGAUGAGGCAAGCCAGCUCCAAUCUGUUGAUGUCAAGGUUGAGGCAACCAUGGAAAUUUCAAGUACUGAAGGCAUAGAUGUUAAGGAUCAAGCUAUGGAAAAUGAGUUGCAAGAAGUGAGCACCAAUAAGAGGAAUGAGAAUGAUGUUGCAUAUGUGAUGCCUGUAUCCAGUGUAGGAGAGUCAGGCCCAAUUCUAGAAGAGGAUGUCAGCCAACCCCAAUCAACCCCUGCCCCCCUCAAGCCUGUCAUGCAAGUUUCAGAUAUUGAACUUCAUGAUUCAAUGGAUCAGAAUCCAGAUGAUGUGCUUUUACAAACCCACAAUGAAAUUGAGUUGCAAGUUGAGCUCAUGGAUAUUACACAAAUAGAUGAGUUGCACAAGGUGGAACCUGAAGAUACUACCACAAGCAAUACAAAGGGUUUACUGUCUCCCACAAUCUCAAAUACUUCAGAUGCUGAACUUAUGGAUGCUGCAAAUGAGGAUAUGGAGGAAGGGUUGCAAGAUAGGAACAUGAAUGAGGGUACUUUCAUAGAUGAGAUGCCACCAUCGGAUCCAUCAGUAGCUGAACCAACUUUAGAUGAGGUAAGCCAGAUUCAACUUGCUGAUGUCAAUCUUGAGGCAACCAUGGAAGUUUCAACUGCUAAAGGCAUGGAUGUUAAGGAUCGGCCUGUGGAAGAUGAGUUGCAACAAGUGAGCUUUGUGAUGCCUGUUACCUUUAUAGAAGAGUCAGAACCAAUUAUAGAAGAGGAGGUAAGCCAGCCCCAAUCAGCCCCUCUUGAGUUCAAUCCCACCAUGCAAGUUUCAGAUAUUGAACUUCAGGAUACUAUGGGUCUAAACUCGGAUGAUGGAAUUUUACAAGUCAUUGAUGAAACUGAGGAUCCAUUUGAAUCUUUCAAGCUUGAAACUAUGCAAGCUUCACAUAUUGAAGCCAUGGAUGAGUUGCUUGAGGUGGAAACCAAAGAUACUACAGAGAGUGAUGCAAAAGAUUCAAUGUGUCCAGAAACCAUGCAUACUUCAGAUAUUGAACUUACGGAAGCUGCAAAUGGGAAUUUGGUAGAAGGGUUGCAAGAAGUGAACACAGGUAAUAGCGAUGAGAAUGAUGUUUCCAAUGUUAUGCAUGCAGAACCAGUUCUAGAAGAGGAGGAAAAGCAGCCAUGUUCAACCCCUGUUGAGCUUAAGCAUAGCAUCCAAGUUUCAGAUAUUGAAGUUCAGGAUACUAAAGGUCAAAGUCUAGAUGAUGUGAUUUUACAAAUCAUUGAAGAGGAUGCAGGUGACAAUUACAUCAAGGAUGUUGAGCGAUCAUUGCAUCAAUUAGAGGCUCUACUAGUUCAAGAUGAGGGAGUAAAUCACAGCAUGUUGGAACAAUGUGCUGAAGUUGAUGCACUUGAAAGCUCAAUGCUGGUUGAACAAGUUGCCAAUGUCUCACAAGUGGAAGCAGAAAGAGUUGAGGAGAUUUAUCUGACAGGCUAUAUCCUGUCUUCUGGUGCAGCUUUGUUGGAGCAUCCAUUUAAGGCAUUGACAGGUGGAGAUGAUGCGUACUUUCUGUCUAGCAGUAAAUGGCUAGGAGUAGCUAGUGGGGUUAGCCAAUGGUCAUUCCAAGGCACGGAUCCAGGAGUUUAUGCCCAAGAGCUCAUGAGAACCUGUGAAGAGAUUGUCUCAGUCUCAGAUGCCACCAGCAAUGUUCCAAUGACCAGCCCUGUUGAACUUCUUUGUAGAGGUGUCAAAGAAACAAAUAUGUCAGGUUCCUCAAAUAUUAUGAUAGCAAACUUCAAUGGUCAGGCUCUUCAUGUGGCCAACAUCGGAGACACGGGAUUCUUGAUAAUCAGACAUGGUGCUGUUUACAAGAAAUCUUCUCCAUUGCUUCACGAGUUCCACUUCGCAUUGCAAGUUGAAAAUCUCGAUGAUCCCUUGCACCUUGUGGAGGAACACAUAAUUGAAUUAGAUGAAGGUGACAUAGUUGUAUCUGCAACAGAUGGACUUUUUGACAAUCUAUACGAGCAAGAAAUAGCUAUGGUGGUCUCAAAGUCACUACAAGCUGGGAUGAAACCAGAGGAAGUUGCUAAAGUAUUGGCGACACGAGCACAAGAGGUAGGGGUGUCUGCAUUUGUAAGAAGUCCGUUCUCAGAUGCUGCUCAGGCGGCCGGAUACACCGGAUAUAGUGGCGGCAAGCCGGACAAUGUGGCGGUGAUUGUGUCUUUGGUUGAAAAAAUAUCCACUUCAUAGAUACAGCUAAGGUGCACUUCUUCAUACUUGACGUGCUGCUCAGUGCUCACAUUAUAAUUCCAUGUGGACGUUAGAAACGAUUGGAAGAUUUUAAGGAUAUGUUAAGGAUUAAUUUUGCAAAAAGCAAGUGAACCUAUAAUAAGUAUUUAACUUUUAUAGAGAUGUUGGUGCUCAAGCCUUGGACUAUUUUUUUUUUUCUUGAUCCAAACCAAUUCUAUAUUUUAUUAAAAAGAAUUUCUGUGUUUUAUUUAAAAAAUGUAUUGGUCUCCCUUAGUCUAUAGCUUUAACUUGGGGUGUCAAAAAAAAUCCAAAUCUAAAUAGCACACCCAAACCAAAUAAGAUUUGGGUUAUUCGGUUCAAUUAACCGAAUAAGGAAAACAUUAUUCGGUUUGGGUUUGGUUAAUUUUUUUUUUUAAUUCGGGUUAACUGAAUAAGAUACUAAACUAUUAAUAUAAAAUUUCAUAUUUAUAUUUUAAAACUUAAAACCAUUAGUUAAACAAGCCUAAAAAAGUCCAACUAUGUUUAAUUAGCUUGUUUUUCUGAAAAAUCUUAAACAAACACUUCUAUUUGUUUGUUAAACGUUUUAUACAAAAUAAGGUACUAAUCCUUUUUAGGCUCGUUAUAAUGUUUUAAAAACUUUAAAAAAAAAAAAAAAAAAAAGUUAACUAUUAGUUUUUGAAUUUUAUUCAAAACCAAUUAUAGUUUUCUAGAUUUGUAAAUUGUGAUUUGUCAUCUUCUUUAUUUUAUAACUAUGGAAAUAACUUUAUUUUCUUUGCCGAACGAUAUGGCAUACUUUCAUUAACUUCCCUCCCAUUUUAAAAGUAUGAAGUUUGAAGUAGUCUUAAUACUUUAUUAAGAUUAUAUUAAGAUUAUUAGUUGUGAGUGAAGUUAACAUCAUAAAUGGUCUCUGUGGUUUCCUCAUAUCUGAAGUUUAGUCCAUGUGGUUUAAAAACAUCAUAGAUAGUCCAUGUGUUUUCAAAACUAAAACAAAACUUUUGGCGAUUGGUCCUUAUUGUUAACUUCGUUAAGUUUUGUCCGUUAACUAAAGGACAUUUUUGUUCACUACCACAUGGACCAUUUAUGAUGUUUUCACUUAUUUUUUUUUAAAAAUGAAAUAAUAUUCAAAGGUCUCUCUCUCUCUCUCUCUCUCUCUCUCUCUCUCUC